ACUACUUUAAUUCUCUUGCUUUUAGUGAGAGAAAACUAUACAUUCAACCAGAGAGAGAGAGAGAGGUAGAAAUGGAAGCAACUGGAAAGAAAUUUGCAGUUCUGCUGUGCGCGGAUGACUCAGAGUACGUGAAGAAGAUGUACGGGGGGUAUUUCGGGGUUUUCCUGAGAAUGCUGGCGGAGGAAGGGGAGACGUGGGCGGUGUUCCGCGUGGCUCGCGGCGAGUUCCCGGAGGACGACGAGAUCGGAGAGUUCGACGGCUUCGUCAUCACCGGCAGCUGCAAUGACGCCCACGGCAAUGACGCCUGGAUCUGCAACCUCCUCAAUCUCCUCAACAAGCUCAACUCCAUGAAAAAGAAAGUUCUAGGCAUUUGCUUCGGUCAUCAGAUAUUGGGACGGGCGAUAGGUGGAAAGACGGGCCGAGCGACUGGCGGAUGGGACAUUGGAGUCACCACCGUGCACUUGAAGAAGUCCAAGGUGUUCACCUCCCUAAAAAUGCCAGCUUUCCUCAACAUCAUUGAGGUCCACCAAGACGAGAUUCGCGAGCUUCCAGCAAAGGCGGAGAUCAUGGCGUGGUCAAACAAAACCGGGAUCGAAAUGUUUAGGUACGGUGACCACUUCAUGGGCAUUCAAGGCCACCCUGAGUAUACCAAGGACAUAAUCUUGAACCUCGUUGAUCGUCUCAAUCGGGGCAGUUUCAUUCAGGAUGACAUGGCCGCUGCAGCAAAGGCGAGAUUGGAGGAGCAUGAACCGAACAGGGAGGCGUGGAAGAAACUGUGCAUUAGCUUUCUCAAGGGCAGAUUGUGAUGAUGAUGAUGAUGAUGAGGAUGGAAUAUUUCUGAAAGUCCUAAGAAUCUUAGAUUCAUGUGUAAAUAGGAAUCCGCUAUAUUAAUUCCCUGCUUUAGGGGCAAUGAGUGCAACCAAGUAUUCAACUAAUUAAAAAUUAGGCUAU